GUGUUUUGGCAUCUGCUGCGGCUGCUGUAGCUCUUGCGGCUGCUGAUUUUGCGGCUCUUGUGGCUCUGGUGGGCGCUGCGGCUUUUGCGGCUCUUGCGCCUCCUUCCGCGGCGUUGCUCUGGCCUGCUGCUCUCAUUCAGCUGCUGUUGGAGGUGAGUAGUCAGCACGCUCUCCAGAGGUGCUUAAGGUGGUUGCUUCUGGCACUUGCGGCAGCGCCUCUUGCAGCACAGACUCUGAAGCGGCUUCUUCGGCUGAAGCGGCUGCAGCGGGCGGUGAUGACGCAGCAGGUGAGAGAUCAACGUGCUGAGAUUGCAGAGGCUUUGGUGCGCAACAUGAGGCAAUUCCGCCCCAACAUUUGCCUCCUGAGCAAUGACCAGAUCCUGUGGCACGCCUGUGACAUUGCCACAGCUCCAGACUGGAUGCAGAACACCUACAACACUGAAGUGGACUUUACCUGGGCCUUUGCUGGCUUCAAUGUCCUGCUGAGCUCCUUCUUUCCUGGUGGCACCAAGACCAAGGCGGCUAUGGAUGAAGUGGCUGCAAGUAUGAAGUUGCCUGAUCCAUCGGUGGUGGACGAAGCCAAGAAUUUGCUGCAGGGCACCGUGUACACGGGGAAGAUUCUGCUGCUGCCAUUCGUGAUGAAUGGACAGGCCAGAGGCUAUGAUCUUCAAGAAGUCGAGGCUGAUGGCUGGGCUGGGUGGGCCCUCCCGUUCAACAGAGACGAUGGCAAACUCAUGCACAUCACAAUCUACGAUGAGACGGUCGCCUUGGAGGCUCGCAACAAGAUGCUCCUGAAGAACAGCUUUUUCCAUGCCGCCUUCGAGCCGCAUCGUCAGGAGAUGCACAAGGCUGGAUUGCUCUUCUCAGCUGACAACGACAAGACCGUCUGCAACGAAAUGCUCUGCAUCCUUUCCACUUUGGAGCCUGGCUUUUCGCAGCUUGUGGACGGCGGGGUCGCAAUGACCAACUCGUCAAUUUGGGUCACAUCCAGCGGCUUCUUUUACGUGUUGCGUUUUGCACCCAUCCAGACGGCCAACAGGAAAUUCGUGACCCCGCUGUUCACAUUGAAGGCUGAGAUUGUGAAGGGGGACUUCGUCAACGAUGACUUCAUGGUCCGACAGAGAAGGGACGUGGACGUGCUGUUCGCCGGGGGUGGAGCAGAUGAUGUCGGAUUGGUGUGGGAUGGCUACCAGGUGGAUUCUUUGUUUGUUGUGGGCCAGGGCUUGCAGAAUGCGCCCACGCUUUUCUAUUCUGUGCGAGGUGACAAGGUGACGGACUAUUUGGUGAAGAUCUUGGCGACGCCACAUGCGCAACGACUUGAGAGUCGUGAACAGACAACGAAAGGCUUAUACAUGCCUUCCAGAGUGAUUUCCAAGCAUGGCAAGAAGUUGCGACCAAACCGUGAUCUGGGGCAGUUGUUGGAUAUGAUUCAGUGUGAUGCAUCGAAACUCAUGGGUACGCAUUUCCUACAGACUUUAGAAGCCCUGGGACGUCUGGCGCGAGCCAGCCAGGCUGAGCUAACCAGCCACAUUUGCGCUGUGAAUGCUUGCAAAUGCAUCCACGUUCUUAAGCAACUGGAAAGCAAAGGAGGUGCCUACGGUUGCCCCCAGAAUCGCAGCUGCUCUUGGUUGAAGCAGGCUAGGUCCUCGGCUCUGCGGCUUCUGCGGCUCCUCCGGAGGACUGGACAGAUCGCUUUGGGGACAAUGCAGUGCCGCUCUUUUUGGCAAGAGUCCAAGCCCAUCAGCUUUUUCAAUGCAAUCCUUGACGAGUACAAGGUGACCGCAGUUUUCGAUGUGACAGCCGGCUCCGGCGCAUUCAUGGAAGCCAGCCUCACCAGAGGCGUUGUCUACCACGGCCUGUGCUUGAACAAGGAACACCAGCACUGGCUCCAGGCCAUUGCGGACAGAGCCGCCUGCGGGCUAAUUACCUUGGAGGGAUCAACUCUUUUCAAUGAAGCUUUGGCAGGAGACGUGAAGAAGUUUUUCCCAGAUGUCCUGGAAAACUUGGCUCCCAAGGACAACCCUGAAGAAGCCCCGAUGGAACCAGACAGCUGCGGUGAGUGA